AUGAAUCCAUACAUCUUAGCUAUCCUACUACUCAGCCUUGGACUAGGAACCACCAUCACACUCACAAGCUCCCACUGACUAUUCGCCUGAAUAGGCUUAGAAAUUAAUACCCUAGCCAUUCUCCCCCUUAUAGCCCAACAACACCACCCUCGAGCAGUUGAAGCCACCAUUAAAUAUUUUCUUACCCAAGCAACGGGGGCAGCCACCCUACUAUUCGCCAGCACCACCAAUGCAUGACUAACAGGCCAAUGAGACAUCCUACAAAUAUCUCACCCCUUCUCAAUCACACUAGCCAUCCUUGCUCUCUCCCUAAAAAUUGGUCUCGCCCCUCUACAUACAUGAUUACCUGAAGUACUCCAAGGACUAGACUUAACUACAGGACUUAUUCUAUCAACCUGACAGAAACUAGCACCAUUCGCCCUACUCCUUCAAAUUCAACCCACCAACCCCCUAAUCUUAGUGAUACUCGGCAUUACCUCAACCCUCGUUGGUGGUUGAGGAGGGCUAAACCAAACACAACUCCGAAAAAUUCUAGCAUACUCCUCCACAGCCCACUUAGGUUGAAUAAUUUUAAUCCUCCAAUUCUCCCCCUCACUGGCCCUCCUAACCCUGGUUAUGUACUUAAUCAUAACAUCCUCAACAUUCCUUGUAUUUAAACUAAACAAAUCAACAAACAUUAACAUACUCGCCACCUCCUGAGCAAAAGCCCCCGCACGGACAACCCUCACCCCCCUCAUCUUACUAUCACUAGGGGGCCUUCCACCACUUACAGGCUUUAUACCAAAAUGACUUAUCCUCCAAGAACUUACCAAACAAGAACUAGCACCUAUCGCCACACUAGCUGCACUAACCGCCCUACUAAGCCUGUACUUCUACUUACGACUAACAUACGCCAUAACACUUACCAUAUCUCCCAACAACAUCACAGGCACAACCCCAUGACGCCUCUCAUCCCUACAACUAACACUCCUACUUGCCACCCUAACCAUAGCAACAAUUUCUCUACUCCCACUUACCCCUGCUAUUACAAUACUAUUUACCCCAU